UAGGAUCAUCAUGAUCAUAGUCCUGAAUCCCUAGCAAAAUCUAGAAGCCGCCACCCCCCCCCCCCCUUCACCCAGAGAUGUCCCCAUGCUGUGGUAGAGCUACCUUUCUCUGUUGCCGUGCAGAAAGCUGGAAUAUUUGUUGGCGUGAGAAUGAGCUACCGGACACCACCCAUGCCGAUCCCGCAGGGCGUACCCUGCAGCUUGCACACACGGGCCACCAAGGUAUCGUCCGCACCAAGCAACGGCUCAACAGCAAGGUUUGGUGGCCCAACAUGGCUACUAAAGCCGAAGCACUCUGCCGGCAAUGUAUUCUGUGCCAAGCAACUCUCUCAACGACACCGCUACGUCCGGAGUCCGUGCCCACACCACCGUCCACCAAGCCGUGGCAACGGGUCUUCGUCGAUUUGUACGGACCCAUGCCGAACGGUCAGAACCUGCUUGCCACUAUCGACCAGUUAAUUUGUCGCCGUAUUGUCCCUCUCCGUAUUGUCUUGUCCCACAAUGGACUCCUGCGUGGCUCCAGGCGAACCCAACAGUUAUCAACGUGUUUAGCACGACACCCACUACGGCCGGUGUUGUGCGCUCUACAUUCUCCAUGUUCGGCUUGCCCGAGGAGCUAGUCUUGGACAACGGUCCUCAGUUCCGUUCUUCGGCUUUUGCUGAUUUCCUCACGCAACACACUAUCCAGCACCGCCGCACCCCUCCUUUGUGGCCACAAGCAAAUAGAGCAGUCGAGCGCCUGAACCGUACCAUUGGCAAAGUUUUGCAAACGGCCGAACUAGCUGGCGAAGACAUCAAUGUUGCAUUAGACCAAUGGCUUCUAGCGUACCGCACCACGCCACACCCUGCCACUCACGAGGCACCGGCAACACUCAUGUUUGGUCGCCCCAUCCGCGGCAGCAUACCCUGCAUUACGCCAGCCGCACCAGACUUGCCUUCAGCUGCCAACAGUGACCAGCAAUUCCGCCAAUCACAGCGUGACGCUGCCAAUGCCACCCGCUGGUCAAACGCCCCCAUCCUCACUCCUGGUCAGCGCGUCUUACGCCGCAAUGAGCAGGCGCACAGCAAGCUCUCACCACAGUGGGAUCCCAACCCCUGGACCGUGGACCAGACCUCCGGGUCUACGGUGACGAUCUCCAACCCGGCAACUGGCUAAAGAUCGACUCGCCAUAUGUCAUUUGUCAAGCCCGUAAUUGUUGUCAUGCCGCCAGCUCAUCACCCACUACCAGCUGAAACUGCUGCCACCACACCAGCUCCCGGUCCACCUGACGUCAACACUGGAACCCAGGCAGUACCUCACCAGCAACCGUCCCGAGCUGCCAAGUCUGCCCACAGCACUGGGACCCCUCCACCACCCUGCUCUGCUGUGACACUCACGCAUACCCAGUUCAUUUUCUGUUGGGAAAAGAAGGGCUCUAGUUUGCUCUAUCUGUCUGACUCUCUUUGUGCAUUCUGGUUUAUGCCUUUCCCUUACUGUUCGUUCGUUCUUUCCGCCAUAUCCGAAUCUUCUCUUUAUUAAUCUUUAGCGAUAGAACAUUCCGUCUGCGUUGGGAGGGAUGUAGUGUUCACACAUAUAUUAUAGACUGUCACACGCAUGUAUGCACGCGGCACCGUUUGUACUCCUAUCCAUUUACAUAUGCCGCUUUCCACGCCUGUGCUGGCAGUCGGUACGCACCGACUCUGUACUCAUGCACGCACACCAUUGCAUUCUGUUGGCAUCAUAUUGCGAAGCUUUCCGGAGCUCCGAGUUGUUUGGAAUAAAGCGAGAGAACAACAUUACACAGUCCGCAUGAUACUCGGCUGGAGGGUGAGUUUCCCGCAUUCGUAGGAACGCCGCCGCCGCCCCCAAGAAUCAAGAUUGUAUCGCAGAAGUAGGAUCAAGGAUCGUAUAAUCGUACCGCACAUGUAUAGGAUAUUUGAAAGAGUCUAUUGGUGAACAUGUGUGGAUUAGGGUUGGUUCACAUAUCGCCGGUACGCACCGGGAG